CACAUAGAAUUUUUUUAGACAGAAAUUAAAAACAGUUUGCAGUUUUUGCUGAAAAUGUAUGUAACAAGGCCUCUUUCUUACUACCAACAGAAUCCAGAUGCUCUUUCAUUGCCUCCUGAAGGUCCAAAUUCAGGUUACUUAGUGGUUCAAGAUGAGGAAUCUGAAACAUAUUGUUGUUUUGGACUUUGCAAAAAUCAUGAUAUCAUGGACCUGCCUUUCCCUCAGAACAAGAAGUUGACUGUUCGAUACGAAGCUGGUGAUGGUGAGAACAAGAUUAUUCUAAAGGAAGAUGUAAUGUUCAUUACAGUUCUUAAUAAGCCAUUGUCUUCCAAUCAUUAUUAUGCAAUCAAACCUCAUGGAGAGAGCAAAGGACAAGCAUUCACGUGUUCAAAGGAGGAAGACAAACAAAACUGCUGUUUCUGCAGAUGUAUACGUGACGUUAAACCGAAGCCAUUAGAUCCAGAGGAGGUAUAUCAGCAGUAUGAGAUCUCUCUAUAUGUUACAAGUUGCAGUGGUAAAGGUAGCUUUUUUGCUAAAUCUCUUGCUCCUGAUGGUUUUCCACCGCGGUUUCUUAGGCGAAAAGGUUGGCAUCUUUGUGCCAAAACUCCUAAAAAUUAUGAACUAAGUGAUGAUGCUCUAGGCCUCAAUGUUGAGUUGAGGAAACAACUUCCAGAGUUCAAUUUGACACCAUUUGGUAAAAGUUUUGAAGCUGUUGUUGUAGGGAAAUGGUAUUGUCCGUUCAUGUUUAUCAAAGAUGGAACAGUCAAAGAGCAAAUGGAGAGAUCAAUGUUCUAUGAAAUGACACUUGGAACAGAAAUGGGAGCAGUUUUUCACUUUGUCAAAAUGAAUACAAUGAAGGGAAUUCAGUACUUGUGGAUGUUGCACUUGACAUAGAAAUUGUCCAUAUUGCUGAAAGUAAAGCAACAUGGGAUGAAACAAAUGUUGUUGAUGGAGUAAUAUGGUUUAGAAGCUAUGAUAAAAAUGGAAAAGAAAUACCUAGUGUGGGACUGAGACAAGAAAUAGUACAAAGAAUGAAGUGGGAACAAUAAAAAAGGGGAUGGCAAAACCAAGGUAGAAUUAAACAAGUUGAACAAUACAGAGAAAAUAGUAGUGAAUGGAGAAGAUUAAGUUGCUAUGUGUUGGUUGAGAGGUUUGUGUUGAGGAGAAUGGAUAGAAGCCUGGUGAUGAAUUAUGAUUUCAAGCACAUUGACAAGUUUAAGAGCAUAUGGGAGUGAUGUUAG